GUCAGGUGUAGAGCUACAUGUUCAUGUAGUGUGAACUGGCAAUACACAGGAUUAUCAGUUUGUUGUAGAUGAUAGAAACAGGAACUACAAUGGUGGCUAAUGACAAAAGGAAACUCUAAGAUUGCAGGUGCCUUAGAGUUUCCCAGUGACAGUAGCUGAUCCCAGUGGCCUCACAGUUCAGAGUUCUGGUGUCUUCUGACCGUCUGGAGGGGGAUGAGGUGGGCCGGGGGUCUGCAGCUCCUCCUGCUGCUGGCCAGCACCUCCUGGGCCACAAGUCUCCAAAUCCCCCUAGUAGUUGAGCAGCUUCCAACAAUAAUUACACAAACAUCAGGUCCUAUUAUUGCACUUCCUUAUGACAGCAGUGUUACUAUCAGCUGUGAAGCCACAGGAAACCCUCAGCCACAAUUCAGGUGGACAAAAGAUGGUGUUGACUUCACCCCUCCAGAGGUUAUUGACCCCACAAAAGGGACAUUUGUGGUUCAAAACAAACAGCUCACUCAACAUCAUGGAAAAUACCGAUGUUAUGCCUCCAAUAAACUGGGCACGGCAAUGACUGAGGAGAUUCAACUGAUAGCCUUAAGUGUCCCCAAAUUUCCAAAGGAGAUGCUUGAUCCAAUUGAGGUAAAAGAAGGAGACCCACUUGUCCUGAAAUGUAACCCUCCAGCCAGUGUGGUCCCACGGCAAAUCCACUGGAUGUCAAUUAAUCUACAGCACAUCCCACAGGACGAGCGGGUUUCCAUGGGGAUUGAUGGUAACCUGUACUUUUCGCACACCAUACAAAAUGACACUAGGACUGACUACACCUGUGUGGCUGCCUUCAACAAGAUCAGAACCAUUAUCCAGAAGAGCCCCAUGACUGUGCUGGUACGAAGUGCAGACGCUGCCCCCGCACUCUCCAAACCCAGAAUCCUGCUGCCCUCUGGUGUUCAGACAGAGGUAGUGCUGCUGAAGGGGAAGGAGCUGAAACUGGAGUGUCUGCCCGGAGGAUUCCCCCCUCCGACAGUCGAAUGGAUUAAGAUGGGGGACAACCUUCCUGAAGGGACCAAAUAUGAGAAUUUUGGGAGACUACUGACAGUGGCCAGUGUGAACGAAGGCAUGGAGGGCAAAUACAUGUGCAAGGCUAACAACUCAGAAGGCGAUGAGGUGCACUACUUUGACGUCAUAGUGGAGGAGCCUCCGCAGUGGCUGAGCGAGCCGCCUCAGAGCCAGCUCUCUGUGAUUGGCUCAGAUGUCCAGAUCAGGUGCGCGGUCAGUGGGAAACCAGUGCCAGACAUCACAUGGAGGAAGAAUGGAGAGAUUUUCCGAGACGACCCAGGGCAGAAGCAGCGCAUUUUUGAAGACAGAGUGGUUCUACAUAAUGCCCGUCCCGAAGACAGCGCUGUUUAUCAGUGUGAAGCCUCCAACAGACAUGGCAUUCUGCUUGCCAAUGUCAACAUCAUGGUCAUGAAUAUGGCUCCCUUGAUCUUGACUGCAGACCUCCAGGAGUACGCUGUGGUACAGGGGGGUAACAUUGUUCUGAACUGCAGUGUUUUUGGCUCUCCUCCACCAUCAAUCUCCUGGGCCAGGAAUGAGAUUUCAGCAGACAUCGAAGGGGAGAGGCUCUUGGUCCUGACGAACAACUCACUUCAGCUCAUCAGUGCAGAAAAAAACGACAGUGGGGGGUAUGUGUGUGUGGCCUCCAACUCAGAGGGCAAGUCUUCAAUCACCGCCCUGCUGGAUGUGAAAGAUCCAACCAAAAUCGUGACCCUACCCCAGGACACACAGGUCAUCAGUGGGACAGCGGCUCAGCUAAUGUGCGGAGCGGAGUUUGAUAAAAGCCUAGAAAACAGCUUUGAGGUGACAUGGAUGAAAGAUGAUGAGGAGAUCCCACUUAACUUUGAAGAAAAAUACUUUCUGACCAAAGGGAUGCUGCAAAUCAUGAACGUGAACUUGAGUGACCAAGGAGUUUACACAUGUAUAGCAAGAACCAGCGUUGACAUGGACAAUGCCUCUGCUAUAGUGACAGUUUUAGAUAUUCCAGAUGCUCCUGUGAAUUUAGAGAUUUCUGAACUUCAAGGCCCCAGAAAUAUCAGCUUGUCCUGGACUCCUGGAAAUGAAAACAACAGCCCAGUCACAGAAUUCGUGGUGGAGUACGAGGAGAGCCAGUGGGAUCCGGGGAAGUGGAAGGAACUGAAGAAAGUCCCUGGUAACCUGGCAACCGCCAACCUGAUUUUACACGGACACCUCAGCUAUCAGUUCAGAGUGUACGCCGCUAAUAUGGUGGGACCAGGACCCCCCAGUGAGCCCACGCUGAGACACAAAACGCCCCCUGCUGCACCUGAUCAAAACCCAGAGAACAUCAAAAUUCAAGGCUACCUACCUCAUCAAAUGGAAAUAAGCUGGGAUCCGCUGUUGCCUACUGAGCACAAUGGACCGGGCCUUGAGUACAGGGUGAGCUACAGGAGGCUGGGCGUAGAUGAAGAAUUCAAAGAGUCUCUUGUCAAAAGACACUCCUUUGUCGUGAGGAAUACGUCAACGUUUGUGCCGUACGAGAUCAAAAUCCAAAGCAGGAACAGUCACGGGUGGGGGCCUGAACCGAAAAUUAUCACAGGGUACUCAGGAGAAGAUGUUCCCACUGCAGCUCCGCGGGACGUGGCAGUGGAGGUGAUCAACACCACUGUGCUGCGAGUUAGCUGGACCCCGGUCCCACCUGUCACAGUGCGAGGGCAUCUGGGGGGAUACAAUAUUCACUGGUUGAGAAAACGAAGCUUUCUGAAUCCAAGCAAGCUUUUAGACGAACGCCAAUCCCUGUCCUUUCCCGGAAAAAGGAAUCACGCCAUUGUGCCCAGGCUUGAACCGUUUUCUGAGUACAGCCUCACCGUCAAUGUGUUCAAUAAGAAGGGCAAUGGGCCAAAGAGUGACCCGGUCAGCUUCAGCACUCCCGAAGGAGUUCCUGGCCAGGUGCCCAUCCUGACGACUUCAAAUGCACAAAAAGACUCCAUUUUACUGGUCUGGGGUCCACCGUCUGAGACAAAGGGCAUCCUCACAGGCUACCUCCUCCAGUAUCACCUCAUUAAUGAGAGUUCGCUGGAGGUGUUGGAGUCCCAGGAGAAGAACAUCAGUGCUCCUGACACCACCCAGUGGCAGCUGCGGGACCUGCAGGAGGGCCGCUUGUAUCGGUUCCAGCUCCGCGCCUGCACCCGGGCGGGCUGUGGACCCCCGCGGGCACAGGAGAGUCGCACUAUCAAUCCAGAAGGAGUGGCCAGUUUGCAGAGGGACUUUUCGACGCGAGGCUGGCUGAUCGGGACCAUGUGUGCUGUGGCUCUGUUGACCCUGGUUGCGAUCAUUGCCUGCUUUGUGCGGAGAAACAAAGGGGGAAAGUACUCAGGUACGCCACAGCCAGCGCAGCCAAAGGACAUGCUGUCCAUGGAGCAAGUGAAAGAGAAGGAGGACCUCCACCCCGACGUGGAGUCACAAGGAAUGAAUGAUGACACCUUCUGCGAAUACAGUGACAGCGAGGAGAAGCCACUGAAGGGCAGCUUGUGUUCCCUGACCGCCAAUGACGACACGGGGGACAGCCUGAGCGGGGACAGCCUGGUGGACUACGCAGACGGGGGCGGGGAGUUCGAUGAGGAUGGGUCAUUUAUAGGUGAAUAUUCAGGACCUAAGCACCGGGGAUCUGUGAGUGAGCCCAAUGGACACAGCCUGGUCGCACAAGUCUGAGAUGGCCAAAUCCGGAUUACUGCGAUAUCUGCCUUCCUCGUGGUGAGAGGAAAGAUAAGACUCAGAAAUAACUGGAAUGGACAGAAGUUAUGCGUGGGGCUUGCCAAAAGACUUUCAGAGGAGUAUUCAAUCUUUGUACACAGCAAUAAGUGGACCUAAUAUAGAUAAGGAACUCAUUUUGCAAGUUUGGAUUUAAGGACAUUUGGUGAUGCAAUGUAUAGUUUGUAGUGCCUCCCCCACACUGCAGAGGGACAGAAAUAAGAUAAGACAAUCUUUAUUUGUCCCGCAAUGGGGAAAUUCCAGUGUUGCAAUACACAGUUCAAGAACAGCAGGUGAAUAAAUAUAUGCAAGAAUAUAAAUGUGUUUAGAUAUUUGUAACCUAUUUUUAAACAGUGAACGCAUCCAUCAAUAUUCACAGCUGAAAUUCAGGUUAUUUUAGGGUGCACUAUGUAACUCUUGAGUGGAUGGUCCUGCUCGUCUCCAUGGAGUUGAUAUUUCUCUGCCCAGAAUAUUCCACAAAAUGGUUAUUUAUUGCUCAAAAUAAGAUUCAUUCUCAGUCUGAGUGGGAUCGCCUCUCCACAUGUGACCUGCAACUCAGUCUUCUUACCUCCAUUGAUAUUGAUGAGUUUAAAGAAGUUUAAUGCUACAGUGGUAAGAAAUAAACCUUCCAUGGAGACAAGCAAGUGACGAACCCUCUUUCAGAAAAGUUACCUGGUGCAGCUUUAACAUACCACUAAAUAGUAGGGAUGUAACGAUAUCCAAAUCUCUCGAUACGAUAUUAUUACGAUAUGCAUCUACGAUAUUUAUUGCGAUAUUUUGAAGAGGCUGAUAUAAUUCUAGAUAAGAUGCACAACCCCAAGAAUUCAAGUAAAAAUAUAUUUCUUCAUGUUGUCUGCACUGAAAUGAAUCAUGGGAUAUGUAGUUCCUGACGUUUAUUAGCUAUUGCUACUAUAAAAAAAAUGCCCCACGGUAUUAUUGUGAGAGUUUUGAUGAUAUGAUAUCAUGAUAUUUCGGUUAUUGUUACAUCCCUACUAGACAGAUAUGAAUGCCAUGUUUUUUUGUACCAUGUUACAAAACUAUCCUCCACUGUUGGGCGUCAUUAUUGUUCAUUCAUGUAUAUUAUGUAAAUACAAGAUAGAUGCAUAUUGAUUACGUUAGUGUGAACAUUGUUAAUAUGAUUUCACCAUGUUUUUCUAUCUAUUUUUGUUUUGUUACAUGUCUUUGAGAUAUUAAAUUUAUCAACUAAAGGUG